CAUCAAACGACCCCAAUGCAGAGAUACUGAGCAACACAACUCCUUUCAAUCAACUUUUCAGUCCCUCUCAUGGCCCACCAUCUCUGAGCUAUCCCAUCUCUCAGAACAGUCUCUCCCAAACCCGCCAGAUCUCCCACCACUGAACGAUCCCUACCCAGCAGAACACCCAGAGAGUAACCGAAAACCCUCGAUCCGCGUGCCCGCUCGGACCAAAGUCAAAUAUCGAUCUCUGAUGACCAACGCGCGAUGGGGCCACCAAACGACCGCAACUAAGGCCAACCAGAAGCCAACGACCAGUCCCACACCGACCGAGAUCCCAGAGCCCGUCAAAUCCCACGCCAGAUCCCAAUGAGGCCUCACCCAACUCCAGCCCACACCGAAGGACACGCCAGUUUGAAACAGAUCCCGAUUCCGAUCCCCGGUGGGCCAUUUCGCAGUCCAGAGUCUGCUGCCGUUGUCACCAACUCACCAUCGCCGCAGUCGCAAACUCCAAAAGUUUCCCCACCGCGCAACUCAACUUUACUUGCUUACUCGGCACUCGUCAAAUUCCACUCCUCAGUCGUCGUCACCUCCCUUCCCUUCUCCUUAAACUACAUCGAAAAAGGCUCUUCGCCUUUCCACCCAACAAAUAUCCUUUCAGUCCCAGAAAGAUCCAUUCGUCCAUUUCUCUCAGUACUUUCAUCGAACACUAAACGAGCAUAUACCUGGACAUUGGCAGAGUCCCUUCAUCUCUACUGCAAAAUGCUCCUCGCUCAGCUGCAGUGCCACCAGCCGCCAUGGAUACACUCUCUUCAUCCCGGCCAAUUGUCGAAUCGUUCUUCUUCUUCUUCUUCUUCCCCCGAUUCUCGUUCCCGCUCGUUUGUCAAGAGCGACUUGAUGAACAAGAAACCGGCGUCGAAGCAGUUCCUGUGGAUCCGAACCUCAGCUUUUGGUCCGAAUUAUCGCAGGAUAUGCAGCAGCGGUGGGAACCAGGAACCCAGCGUGCAAAGGACAGGGGGCAAGUGGGACUACGUGGUAGAUACUUCUGUGUCAGGUGUCUCAAGAACAUGGGUUCUUAAGAUGAAGCAAAUUGGCAUUCCACAGGACUUCUUGAAGAAGCUCCUGGUUGGGUCUGCUUCAUUAUGUUUCAUGUUAAACCUCAGACAGUUGAAAUUAUUCAGUCUGCUAACAAAGAUGAUCCACAACUCGGUUCCUCCUUUCCUUUGGAAACUUGGAAGAGCAAGCUUACCUUUUGCUUGCAUGUCUAAUUCCUUGAACAAACCGACGCCUUUGGGGUUGGAUGUGUCAUUGCCAUCAUUUCAAGAUGUUAAGUGGAGCCUAUCGCGCUUAAUAUAUUUGUUCAACAUCAAGCUGGAAAGAAACAUAGCAACGUUCCUAGUAUCUUUGCUUGCUGCUUGUUUCUCGUUCGUCAUUAUUGGGGGCCUACUCUUCUACAGGUUCAGGGGUAACAAGCAGUCUCUGGAAGACUGCUUCUGGGAAGCUUGGGCCUGUCUUUGUUCAUCAUCCACGCAUUUACGACAAAAGACACGUGUUGAACGUGUCAUCGGCUUUGUGCUUGCAGUAUGGGGGAUAUUGUUCUACUCUAGGUUGUUGAGCACAAUGACAGAAGAAUUCAGAAAUAACAUGCAAAGACUCAGGGAAGGAGCACAAGUUCAAGUCUUGGAGGAGGAUCAUAUCAUUAUCUGUGGGAUUAAUAACCACCUCGCUUUUAUACUAAAACAGCUAAACAAGUAUCAUGAAUUUGCUGUCCGCUUAGGUACUGCCACUGCAAGGAGGCAGAGGAUUCUUCUCAUGUCUGAUGCUCCAAGGAAGCAAAUGGACCGGCUAGCUGACAGUAUUGCAAAAGAUCUUAAUCAUAUUGAUAUCCUCACUAAAAGUUGCAGCCUUAGCCUCACAACAUCAUUUGAAAAGUGUGCAGCUAGUAAGGCCCGUGCCAUAAUCAUACUUCCACCAAAAGGUGAUAGGUAUGAGGUUGAUACCAAUGCAUUCCUGUCCGUGCUAGCCCUUCAGCCUAUUGAGAAUAUGGAAUCGAUCCCCACUGUGGUUGAGGUUUCAAACUCAACUACUUGUGAACUCCUGAAGUCAAUUUGUGGGCUGAAAGUAGAGCCAGUCGAAAAUGUGGCAUCGAAACUGUUCGUUCAAUGCUCUAGGCAGAAGGGGCUCAUAAAAAUCUACAGACACCUGCUCAAUUACCGAAAAAAUGUAUUCAACCUUUGGAGUUUACCAACUUCAGAAGGAGUUAGUUAUAGGCAAGUAAGACGUUCCUUGCAAGAGGUGGUUGUUUGUGGUCUUUAUCGGGAUGGGAAGCUGUACUUUCACCCCAAUGAUGAGGAAAUCCUACUGCAAACCGAUAAAAUUUUGUUCAUAGGACCUGUUCAGGGGAGAAAGAGGCCGCAGAUUGCAGAUUCUGAGGUUCUGAAAGAACACGCUGCGAGUAAAAGUUUGGAAGUUAUGGAAAAGGAUGGUGAUCAUUGGAAUCACGCUGUAGAGUUGACGAAAACAAGACUUAAGAAUAUUGUAAAACGUCCCACUAGAUCAGGGUCAAAGGCAUCAGACUUGACACUAGGACCAACAGAAUCUAUUCUCCUACUUGGAUGGCGUCCAGACGUCAUUGAAAUGAUUAAGGAGUAUGACAACUAUCUUGGACCCGGAAGCACACUGGAGAUACUAUCAGAGGUACCGUUAGAUGAGCGAAUGAGGGCAAGUAACAUUCUCAAGCUAAAGCAUGGAACACUGAAUCAUGUCCAAGUCUCCCAUAGGGUUGGAAACCCCAUGGACUUUGAGACAUUAAAGGAAACCAUAACCAGCAUCCAAAAAUCUUAUAAGCAAGGGAAACGUGCUCCCCUGUCCAUUGUUGUGAUUUCUGAUAGGGGAUGGCUUGCUGGAGAUGCAUCCAGGGCAGACAAGCAAUCUGCCUUUUCUCUUCUCCUUGCCGAAAGCAUCUGCAAUAAGCUCGGGGUUAAGGUACAAAAUCUCGUAGCGGAGAUUGUCGACUCAAAGUUAGGCAAACAAAUUACUAAAAUAAAGCCGUCGUUAAACUAUAUAGCAGCGGAGGAAGUGAUGAGCCUAGUCACAGCCCAAGUGACACAGAACAAUGAACUAAAUGAUGUGUGGAAAGACAUUCUGGACGCGCAGGGGGAUGAAAUAUACAUCAAGGAUGUAAGCCUUUACAUGAAAGAGGGCGAGAAUCCUUCAUUUGCUGAGCUCACGGAAAGGGCACGGUUGAGGCGGGAAGUAGCCAUAGGAUAUCUGAGAGGCAAUAAGAAGGUCAUUAAUCCGAAUCCGAAAACACAACCGCUCUUCCUGACAUCGACGGACUCAUUGAUAGUCAUAUCUGAGCUCGAAGGAGAACAACCCAUCGCCGUGUAGUAUCACAGACACAGGGUUAUAUACAUACUUACAUUUGCUUUGGGCCAAAUAGAAGAAACUUGCAUUGCAUCCAAUACAUGCCUUCUUCCAUUGAAGAGCUGAUCUAGCAAGUAUGUUUGAUUGAGGAAUCGAGAGCAUGGAAGAUUGGAAGUUUGCUCAAGUGGCGACUGGAGCCUGCUGAUUUUUAUCUGUGAAUUUUAAGACCUUCCCCCUAUGUUUAUAACAUUAUUACCGUCGAAAUAGGACUUGAGACGGUAAAACUGUAAAAAAGAAAAACACAGGUGGAAAGUGAAAGGUUGUUCAGUGCAUAGUGGAGUGGUACAUUCGAUUUGAUAUUCAUUCCAAAGAAAAGAAUGGCUUGGCUCGUAAUUCUACGAGGCUUCUACUUUUGAUUCUGUAAGACCACCAGGUUUGGAUUUAGUCAUUUUACUCAUAUGAAUAUGAUCUUACAUUUCGAUUUUAAAAAAAUAGUUUAUUGAUG